CAACACCGAAUUAUCUACUGUAACUCAAUAUUUAGAAGCAAAAUAAUGUUAGAGUUAGCAGUUUCCGCGACCGCAUCGGCCUUGUUCGCUGUCAUUGCCUACUUCAAAUUGAAGUCAAUGAGAAAAGUUGACAAAUUGAAAUUACUACUUGCGAUACUGGGAAAAUUGAAAAUUCUACAAAUGCUUCGUCUAACGGGACUAGAUGUGCGGAUGAGGCCAAAAUUAACUGAAUUCACAGCUUCGAAUGGAUUCAAACUUCUUCUGCCUCCAAUGUUAACUGUUACGGUUGAGGAAGUUUUAAAAUUCAAAGUGAGAGAAGACGAUGUAUACGUUCUUACAUACCCCAAGGCAGGGACAACUUGGAUGCAAGAGAUAGCAUGGCUGUUAUGCAACAACGGAAAUAUCGAUGCAGCAAAGAAACAGUCAGUCGCAAUAAGAAGCCCGAUGCUUGAAGCAGUAGAUUUUACUAUUAGCAAUGGGAUUCAGUCUCUAGAAACAUGGCCGGAGAAUAAGCAAAGAGUGAUAAAGACUCAUUUUCCGUACGAACUGUUACCAGAAGACAUCAAAAAAGGGAAGAAAUGCAAAAUUAUUUACGUAGCACGAAAUCCAAAGGAUUUAUGCGUUUCGUACUAUCAUUUCCAUCGUAUGAUUACAGGAAUGCCUGACCCUGGAACAUGGGAAGAAUUUCUUGCAAAAUUCUGUUCUGACAAACUAGGUUACGGAAGUUAUUUUGACCACACUUUACAGUUUUGGGAGAAAUAUCAAGACGACAAGCAACGUAUAUACUUCGUUACGUACGAAGACUUGAAAAAAGAUCUUCGAAAGGAAGUUGAAUCAAUAGCGAAGUUUCUCGAAAAGAAGUUGUCGGAUAAACAGAUGGACGCCAUUUCGGAACAUUGUACGUUUGGCAGCAUGAGCAAAAAUAAGAGCACUAACAUGUCUGCUGCUGCAAAAUAUGGCAUGGAUCUGACAAAAUCCAAAUUUAUGAGAAAAGGAGAAGUAGGCGACUGGAAAAACCAUUUCACAAUAAAUCAAAGCUCAGCUUUCGAUGUGAUGUAUCAAGACAAGAUUAAAGGAACGGGAUUCGAUAUUCAGUUCGAAAUAUGAGUUCUAAGAAUUCUUUAUUAACUUUAUGUUGGCUAAGUGAUUCAAAUCCUCAGUUAUCAUUAUGUACGCGCUUUGACUUAUACAAAUUUAUACUUCCCAUUUUCCCUACACAUUUGAGAUAAUGCAAUUAUUAAUUAAUGUGUUAUAUUUGUGUAGAAAUUUAGAAGACAAUUCCAUACAUACUUUUAUAUACCUAAAAUGCCAUCUUCCAUUUUAAUUCGCACUUUUUUAUAGCUAAUUUCCACAUCCUCCCGUUUAUUAUUUUCGUGCUUGUGAAAUUUAUUGUUCGAAAUUUAUUUUAACUUUGGCUAAUAAAGAAAUCUUACAAAUUGUGAUA